AUGAUGAAUAUCCUCGAUAAAGUGGCCCUCGCCCACGUGGUGAUGGUCGCUGUGGGCUCCUACAUCCCCUCGCUAUACCUCUUCUUCAGCUCCCUCUGCACAGUACGGAGUCAAAAGGACCCUGUGAGAACAGCGUUCACAUAUGCCAAAUAUGCUCUCUUAAUAUUCUCUGCACAUGCCUUCUUCGACAUUGGCAACUACAUCACGUUUCUUAUCUUCAGCCUUACGUACAGCUACAUAGACCCUGAAGAUGAGGACUUUGACUGGGGAAGAUAUGCCAGUAUGAUGGAGGCUCUUGGGAUCUGUACCCCCGUCUUCCGAAUGGUUGCCAAGCUGAGCGAUGUGGUUACCGAUAUUCUUAUCGCAAUCAUUCUUCUUCGUCUGAGUACCGCAAUCCUCACACUCUACUCCGGCAGUGCUGCGGGCAAGAAGCUUCGGCAUGUCUCUUACGCCGCUGCGUUUGCAAUGAGCGCUCUGGCUCUGGCUUUCUUUGGUCUUCUGAUUCGCUCCAUAUUCGAUAUUAGGUACGGCGACAUUGAUAUCGGAGCCGAUUGCUAUGAGAAGGGCCUUAAGGUUGAACUUGCUACCAGGGUCUUGAUCUUUGUGAUAUCCCUUGCCGUUUUCGUCAAGGCUGUCAUGGUCAAGAAGCAGGCAAAGGCUGACAAGAAUCUUACUUGGGCUUCUACUAUGCUCGUCGUCGCUUCCGUUGUCUGGAUCCUGCACACAAGUUUCGCCAUGGCGUCUAUGGCUGCUUGGGAAAACUUUGGCAACUACUGGUCCGCGCCCCGUGUCGAGUACAAGCUCUACUUCCAUAUACUUGAAGUCGUUUUCGGGAUCUGGCCGCAGUUUGUAACCCUGGUCUUGGUCUAUAUUAUGGGUCGCGCCAAAGCCAACGGGAUCUGGUCUAAACAACAGAACUCUUCGAAGCAGGAUGAGGAGGGCAAGUAG